AUGGCAACCCCAGCAAGCAUAAAGAGCGUGUUGAUGGGUUCGGGAAAAGGGGAGAUGAACCUGGCUGCGGUUCGAUCUCGGGCGGAGGAGCUGCGCCGUUCCAUUGAUCAGCUCAUGCACGCCCUUAGUGUUGCUGCCAGCCGGGUGCAAUGGUCCGAUGCCCUGGAGCGGUAUGGGGUGCUCAACGUGCAGUGGCAGCAGCUGGAGGAGGAACUGCGCCCCCUGCUGAAGCACUAUGUGGCGCACCCCAUCUCUGUCAACCAGUCCAAUGCCCACGUCCUCCCCAUCCUCCUGGCCAGCAAGGCCCUGCCAGAGAUGGAGGCACGGGAUGCGGAGCUGCUGGAGGGGCUGCAUGCGGCCACCGGCACCUCGGGGCUGCCCCCGGAGCAGCAGCUGGCGCUGAUCAUGGAGCACUCCGAGGCGCUGUGUCGAGCCAUAGAUGGCGUCACGGCUGCCGGUGGGCCGCUGGACCCCCGAGGCCCCGUGAGGUCUGCGUGGCAGCGCAGGGCGCAGGCCACACGGGCGGCCUCAGGCACCGCCGCGUCCGCACCCUCCCAAAACCCCGCGAGCGGGGGAGCCUUUGGGCAGAGCAGGCCCCGGAGCCUGGAGGGGCCGGCGCUCCUCCUGGCGGUCGCAAGCUACGGCCAUGGCCUGUGA